GGCCCUCCUAGCUAACAGUAGAGAAAAGAUAUCAGUUCUGUUUCCAAACUGUUGGUAAAAGUAACAAGUUCAUCUCUUAACUACAACAACAAACUCGUGAGAUUCUCUUGCCUCCUUUCUUUCCUUGCAAAGAUUUCUGUCUCCUUUCAAUAAUAAUUGCUCUCUUUCUCUCCCUCUCUCUCCCAUGAAGUGUUUUAGAGUAUUUCGAUAUCUACAAGGAAUAUUGAUUUCAAAUGCAACGUGGGUUUGGGAUUGCAUUUCCAGUUCUAAAUUAAAUUAAGAACAAGGAACGCUAGCUAAAAAGGCCAGGUUUCAUUGUCAUGGAUAGUAAGACCUCAUCCUCUUCAGUAAAUGGUCCUCAAGAACCUUCCAUUCAUGAGGAACUUCUGAUGCAACAGAGCUUGCUCUUUUCUGAUACUCUCAAGGACUUGAAGAACCUUAGGAAGCAGCUAUACUCAGCAGCAGAUUAUUUUGAAUUAGCUUACAACAAAGAAGACCAGAAACAAAUAGUGGUGGAGAACUUGAAAGGUUACGCCAUCAAAGCUUUGAUCAAUACUGUGGACCACUUGGGUUCUGUAGCAUACAAAGUUGACAAAUUUUUAGAUCAGAAGAUUGAUGAAGUUUCAGGAAUGGGGCUUCGAUUCUCUUGCUCCAAACAGAGACUGGAAGCUUGCCAAAAAUACAUCAACCAAGGUGGCCUUUCUCAACAAUCACUGGUGAUAAAAACUCCCUACCACUACAAGCGGUACAUUUUCCCAGUUGACGAGGAGACCAUGGAUUCAUUUAGCCAUGCUAAACCAAAUCAUGAUAGUAGAAAUCUUAGCACUGAAAACGACUUGCUCAAGUUUAAAAAUGCUGCUCAAGCGUCAAUCGAAGGAACCCCUUCCUCUUUCUUCAGAGAGAGGCAUUCUGAAUUACGGUCUCCACAAUUCUACUCGGGACAGGGAACAUUUACAUUUACAAGGACUUCAUCCAACAACAAACCUGAGAAAAGAUCAUCUUCUCCGCAACGCUCUCCGAUCAUGCGCUCUGGAUCUCUUCUUAAGAGACCAAUAUCUCCUACUUAUGCUAAUGCACUACGAAGGUAUCCAUCGGAGCCUCGGAGAUCUGUUUCAUUGUCCAUGUAUUCGGAAAGAGACAAGGCAAAGGAUAGUGAUCAACAAUAUUCUACUAAGAGCAAGCGCCUGUUUACGGCCUUGCUCAGCAUGCGCAAGUCUAGAAAGGAAGGCUCAGUGUUUACUUGCUUGGAUCAGAUUUGAAACAGCAAAAUAAAUGGAGAUCAAGCAUGGUAGGAAACAAUAGAGAGACUAUCUGUAGUUUCUGCUUGAUAAUAUGUAUCCUUUUUUGGGUUUAAGAUUUAAUUUCUCUAUGGAAAUGUAAGGGAUUUCAACAUAUGCUCACAAAAUCCUUAUUUUUGGAUGCUAUUAUGUGAUUGAUAAUAAUGUUACUUAUAUUUUUUUUC